UGUCCAUCGUUCCCACAACGAUAUUGAAGUGCCUUCCGUGGAUAACUCAGUCAGCAGCGGCCAGUAGGUACGUGCGCCAAUCGCAAGUGGAUCGGCUGAGUACAAUGUAUGUUGAACAGCUGCGCAAUCAUAGUGAAGGUAGAAAUGGCUUUCAACACGACUGUCCUAUGUGGUGCUGCAUACUUCGCCGCUCUGCGCGUUUAUGCAAUCUUCGAUUAUAGCAAGACACUUUUUUGGAUUGCACUCGCUAUAGGGCAGAUCAACCCUGUAUUCUGUCUUUACAUUUUCCUUCAUUCUGCACCCGACUACUUCCGACUACCUAUACCAUCUGGAGGUUGUGCAAUAACCACAUCUGUCAACAGCACGAGAGUUAUGAUCGGCGGUAGGGCAACCGCAUUGAUCCUGGAUGCCACCGUAUUCCUCGCUACAUGGCACAAGACCAGAUCUAUGAAUGGUUCGUUGAUUACUGUUGUCCUCAACAGAGAUAGCUGUCUGUACUUCGCUCUACUCUUUAUCACGAACUUCGUCAGCCUGGCCAUGCUCUGGCACACCUGGAAGUAUGUUGAGCCCGUAUCGACCUGGAUCGCCAUAAUCACCGCAACGCUGACAUCACACUUCAUCCUCGACCUCCGCAAGGUGUCCCAGCGAAGCGAUGCCGCAGUAUUGGCAGAAGCGGAGCACAUGCAGGCCUCUGAGUCGUUCCAGCUCCAAGCGACUGAGACGAUCGUCUUUGCCACAGAAAGCGGGCAAAGCGUGAGCGACAUGCAGCGGUCUGUGGUGUGA